GCCCCGGGCGGGCGGAAGUGACGUAACGGAAGCGGAGCGGCGGCCGCCAUAGCAACGGCGCGAUGAACGCGCCGCCGGCCUUCGAGUCCUUCCUGCUCUUCGAGGGCGAGAAAAAGAUCACCAUCAACAAGGACACCAAGGUGCCCAACGCCUGCCUGUUCACCAUCAACAAGGAGGACCACACGCUCGGGAACAUCAUCAAGUCGCAGCUGCUCAAGGACCCGCAGGUGCUGUUCGCAGGGUACAAGGUCCCUCACCCUCUGGAACAUAAAAUCAUCAUCCGUGUCCAAACCACCCCAGAUUACAGCCCGCAGGAAGCUUUCACCAAUGCCAUCACGGACCUGAUCAGUGAGCUCUCCCUGCUGGAAGAGAGGUUCAGGGUUGCUAUUAAGGACAAACAAGAAGGAAUUGAGUAAAAUGGAGCAGACUGUUACUUCUGAUGCAGAAUGACGUGUCUGUUACUGGAUUAAAUAUUUAAACCUCCAUUCAUGGCAAAUAUUUUUCCCCUUGUCCCACUUCUGUUUAAUUUUUGACAGCAGCAGCAAUAUUUUGAGUUUUGGUUUUAUUUUCAUAGCAGACAGGCACUUUGCCAGGAGGAUAAAACAUCGUGUUGGAUUUGGUAGAUAAGUCAUUAAAGUGAUUUUUAGUUUUCUAAUUGGAGCCUUGAGGCAAAUAUUUGUCCUGGGCUGUUGGGGAGGUUUUUGUAGGUGCAAUUCCAGCAUGAGAAGCUGCUCAGUGAACUCUCUGCUUUUCCUGCCAAAAACUCCAGGCACUGCCAGCUGAACUGGUAUUUUGUUUUAUUAAGUGUGAUUUCUACAAAACAAAUGCACAAAUUGUGAAAACUUAACAGUAAAAGAAACCGGAUGUUUACAAUGAACUGAUGAGU